UCAACUUCCGUUGCUUUGAGUAGGAUCGCUACAUGUUUAGUUAACAGUAGUUAACACCAAAUAUUAACUUUUCAAAAUUAUGCUUUAGGUUUCAUUAAGGCAAGUUUGUCAACCUGGUCCCUUGAAACUACACAAUAUUUAACCAUGAAAAUGGGAAGGAUGCGAUUUCAGUACUGCAAGGUUAUCAUAGCCACCUCUAUGGUGUGGAUAAUGCUUGAUGUAUUUGUGCUGAUGUAUUUCACUGACUGCACCAAUGGACCAAGGUGUAGUCCCCCUGAAGGGGAUCCCAAAGCACUGCCUGACAAGUCCAAACCUGGUUUCUUAGAAAAAAUAUUCCCCAAAGGGUUGUUGUCUGUUAGCCGUCCUAAUGGUCCAGGGGAUGGAGGAACAGCUGUUAAAAUUCCUCCAGAGAGGGAGGCAGAGGCUAAAGAUACCUUCAAGAUCAACCAGUUUAAUUUGGUAGCCAGUGACUUAAUGGCACUCAACAGGAGUCUGCCUGAUUAUAGGAUGACUGAAUGUAAACGCAAGAAAUACCCACCUAUCAAAAUGUUGCCAAAGACAAGUAUAGUUAUAGUUUUUCAUAACGAAGCGUGGAGUACACUGUUACGUACUGUACACAGUAUUAUAGAUCGUUCACCUCAUGAGCUGGUGGAGGAAAUUUUGUUGGUAGAUGAUGCUAGUGAGAAAGAACAUCUGGGUAAAAAACUCGAGGAUUACAUUGCUACGUUGCCUGUUCCCGUUAAAGUUAUACGCACAGGUUCAAGAGUCGGAUUAAUACGUGCCAGAUUAAAAGGUGCUCAUAUAUCUAAAGGUCAGGUGAUCACUUUCCUUGAUGCACAUUGUGAGUGCACUGAAGGGUGGCUGGAGCCUCUACUCUCAGAAAUCCAUAAUGACAGAACAUCAGUGGUGUGUCCAAUUAUUGAUGUCAUCAGCGAUGAUACUUUUGAAUACAUCACAGGCUCUGACAUGACAUGGGGGGGCUUUAACUGGAAGCUCAAUUUCAGGUGGUACCAGGUGCCGCAGAGAGAACUUGAUAGGAGAGGUGGUGAUCGCAGUCAGCCAACCAGGACUCCAACAAUGGCUGGUGGUUUGUUUUCUAUAGACCGAACUUAUUUUUAUGAAAUGGGAUCGUAUGAUGAAGGCAUGGAUAUCUGGGGUGGAGAGAAUCUUGAAAUGUCCUUUAGGAUAUGGAUGUGCGGAGGAAAGAUUUUCAUUGUCACCUGUUCAAGGGUGGGUCAUGUUUUCAGGAAAACAUCCCCGUAUUCCUGGCCAGGUGGUGUAGGGAGAAUUAUCAACCAUAAUACACAACGUAUUGUUGAAGUUUGGAUGGAUGAUUACAAAGAUUUUUUUUACAAAAUCAACCCGGGUGUGAGAGCGACAGAGUAUGGAGAUAUAUCCAGCCGAGUCAAGUUGAGAGAGCAGCUGAACUGCAAAAGUUUUAGAUGGUACCUGGAGAAUGUGUACCCUGAGUCACAGCUCCCGAUAGAUUAUCACUCUCUAGGGGAGAUGCGAAACAAGGCCACAGGCAUGUGCUUGGAUACCAUGGGACGCAAGAGUGGUGAAAAAGUUGGCUUUGAAAGGUGUCAUGGCCAGGGUGGCAAUCAGGUGUUUUCUUAUACAGCCAAGGAAACAAUACAGACAGAUGAUCUCUGUUUAGAUGUUUCCAGCUUACGGGGACCUGUCAAAUUAUUUCAGUGUCAUGGAAUGGGGGGAAACCAGCGGUGGCACUAUGAUGUGGAGACUAAAGCAAUUCGACAUGUAAAUACAGACCAGUGUUUAGGCAAGCCAGAUCUUAAAGAUAAAGAUGUUCCUACUCUAGGUAAAUGUUCAGGCUCUGAAGACCAAGAGUGGAUACUUGGUGGCCUGAAAGAAAGCGCCCUGUGAUCUCUUUCUGUGAUUGUGUUUUGGAUGGCGAAAUUGUUGUGGCCAAAUGCUAGCUGAUAGUGAUGUUGUUUAUGUGCUAUACACUACUUAUUUCCUAGUGAAACUGGAAUCAAUCUGAUUGGCUGAACAAGAGGUAUUUUAAAAUGUUGGAUUGUCUGAGAAAAGAAACGAAUCAAUCUGAUUGGAUGAACAAGAUGUGUUUAAAAUGUUGGAUUGUCUGAGAAAAGAAACGAAUCAAUCUGAUUGGAUGAACAAGAGGUAUUUAAAAUGUUGGAUUUCUGAGAAAAGAAACGAAUCAAUCUGAUUGGCUGAACAAGAUGUAUUUAAAAUGUUGGAUUGUCUGAGAAAAGAAACGAAUCAAUCUGAUUGGCUGAACAACAUGUAUUUAAAAUGUUGGAUUGUCUGAGAAAAGAAACGAAUCAAUCUGAUUGGCUGAACAACAUGCAUUUAAAAUGUUGGAUUGUCUGAGAAAAGAAACGAAUCAAUCUGAUUGGUUGAACAAGAAGUGUUUAAAAUGUUGGAUUGUCUGAACACCAGGUUCUAGUUGUGCUCAUCAUUUCAAAUCUCCACUCACCUGUUUUAUUUUAUAAGUUGACUGGCUGAGGAGACCAUCUUUGUUUGAUUUUUCUGUUACACAGCCUUAAAUCAUCAUCUCCUCCGUGUAGGGGAUGUCAAUCACACCCCGGGAUAACCUGUGCUCUACAGGAUGCUCAUCUGUACAUGAAUGCAAUUCACUGUUUAACUCUCUUUUAUGUCAAACUUGUUUCAAUUAUGCAUUUCUGUUGUGUUUUUCUUGUUACAAAAUUUAAUUUGCCAUAUUUAUAUCAUAUCAUAUUUUGUUUUUAUUUUAUAUUUCAAAUGUUUAUCAUCAAAUAUAGUGUACCUGUGUUACCUAUAAUUCACAUUGUUUAUUUAUGAAUAGAACUUGUAAUAUUCUACAUUCUGAACUUUCGUCUAAUUGAACUUUGUUUUAGUUUUUCCCUCUUUAAUUGUUAGUCAUGUUUUAUUUUUAUUAACUAUUUAAAAAUGUUUGAAUACAAAUUAGUCCAAUAUAAAAAAUGUCCAAUUCAAACCCUCGUUUACACUUUUGAAGAACUGAAUCAAGAUGAGAUCUGAAGACGAGUCUAUUGUUAUUAUAGCCCUGUCAGAGGAAAGAAUUUAGAAUGUGUGUUUCAGUGUUGAGAUGCUGACCCAACCUUUUGUACUGUUACUAAUGUUGGACCACUGUUCACAUAUUUUCAUGUUGCGUCCAGGCGUGUUUUUUUUUACUAGUAUUAAGGUCAAAGGUCACCAGAAUUAAACCCAGUGUAACUUUGUGCCAUUGAUUUCAUUCUCUCAGAGGUUCUUAGCUUUUAUUCUGUGCUGUGACCUCAUCACAUCUCUUUUGUGUUAACUAGUAUUAAGGUCACCAGAAUUAAACCCAGUGUAAUUUUGUGCCAUUGAUUUCAUUCUCUCAGAGGUUCUUAGCUUUUAUUCUGUGCUGUGACCUCAUCACAUCUCUCUUAUGUUAAUUAGUAUUAAGGUCACCAGAAUUAAACCCAGUGUAACUUUGUGCCAUUGAUUUCAUUCUCUCAGAGGUUCUUAGCUUUUAUUCUAUGCUGCGACCUCAUCGCAUCUCUACAUUUACUUUUUAAUAUACUUAGGAAAUUAGGUAUUGAGAAUAGAGUUUACUGACUAGACCAAUCCUUCAGAACUAGUAAAAUGUUAGGCAAAGUUCAGUCUUGUAUGUUUAAGAUGUAAACAGUGUUUGAAUCGGUUUUUUAUAAAUAGCAAUUUAUAUAAUGUCUGUGAUUGGCUUAAAUUAAUUCUACUUAGUUUUUCAUCUGUUAAAAGUGAAUAGAUUGGUUGAACUGAUUGUGGAGCUAAGUUAAUUGAACUGAUUGUUGAAAUAAAUAUAUUGAACUGAUUGUGGAAAUAAAAGUAAAUUUUGUUCUAUGAUCUAGUGUUACCCCUCUAAAUUGAAUCAAAGUGUGUUACGUCCCUUUAAAAAUUGGUCAUGAACUAUUGACCCUUGCAAUACAAUGAUUUUAUUAUGAAUAAUCUCUUCAUAUAAUCAUCUCAUAUCACAACAAUACUUUAUUCCAUCAGUUUUUUAAAAUUCACAUCAGGGUUUCUUAUCCAAAUUUUGAUAAUUGCUUUUGUAAGAUAAAAGCUUUUUGAUGAUUUGUCUGCUGUAUGCAUUGUGUGUGAAGUGUGUGGGUCUAUGUGUGGUGAAAGCUGGUUCAUACAUCACAGUAACAAUGUGACAGCUGCCCUUGUCUGAACUGUUGCAGCAUGUAAUAUUUUUUUCUACCCAUUUGUGGCCAGAUCAAUUUUUACUUUAUGGGUGUAAGUUUGAGCUUCUGAAGAUGACACACUUGACGUUUGGUUUAGUUUACAAAAAAUUUUUGUUACCACUAGACGUAGUUAAAAGUCUGGAAGAAUACUCAUACACUAUAUAACACAUGCAUUUCAAUAGCGACUUGGUGCAACUUAAAAUAUCUGGAGGGUGUACAUAUUUUUAUGAAACAUUUAUUUAUCUUUUUUUUUUGUCCUCACUACUGGUCUAAGAAACAGUAUGUAAAUAAGAUUAUAUAUAAAUUGUUUCUAUUUGGGCUAGAUGUCUCUUUACCUGACAUAAACUUACUUUAACCCCCUAGGGACUAUGGAUAAAAAUGACGGUAGUGUAAAACAAUUAGACUGGUUAAAUCAGUACGGUCUAGACAAGAUUGAGUAAAUCCUUUCAGAAUUUGUUAUAUGUUUACAUUAUUUUACAGCAAAUUUUUGGCCUAAUGUAUUGUAUCAAUUUAAAAAAAAUUACAACUGACAUUAGCCAUUUAAAAAUUAUAACAAAAAUGACAAAUAGUUUAAAACACAUUAGCUUACUCUAUCAUUUUCAUCAAUUUGAUGUUUCUAUUUUUAUUGCUUGCUUUGUUUGCACAAUAACUUCAGGAAAAUUGUUAUAGUAUUGUGAAGUGAAAAAAAAAAUCGGUCAUGGUUAAAAAUGUAUCCAUUAAAACUAGUUGAUUCUUUCAAUAAAUAAUUGGUCAAUUCUGUGUAUUAUUCAGAUCAAUUUGUCCCUUGAGGGCUAAACAAUUUAGAUGUCAUUUCAGUGGGAUUUAAAUCACAUUUUUUUUUCCUUUGCAAUCAACUGGGUCAUCCCAACUUUGUGGAGUGUCCAGAUCAAUUUUCUUUCGGCUAAUGUAAACUGGGAGGCAGCUAUGAAUAGGUCAGGUUGGUCAAAAUACUUAACCCUAGCAAACAUUUGGCUGUCUGUAGAUGAUAGCACCAUCCUGUAUUCAGAUAUAUUUUUUAAAGUCAAGCCUAAAUAAUAAGUCAAAACUUUGAAUUUAGGAAUGUUUGCCUCUCAGUAAAUGGUAGUGAAACUGUGGCAUUGUCCUAUCAUUUUGCUACUUUGUCUUGAGGGAGCAGGACAUCCCCCCCCCCACCCCACUGUCAUUUACACCCAAAUAAUAAACCCCUCAUAUAAAUCCCCCCCCCCCUCCCGUAAGUGAUUUAGAGAGAUUGGGAUAGGUCAAGAAUAAGCUUAUGUUACUCAAAAUACUUAACCCUAGCAAACAUUUGGCUAUCUGGCGAUGAUGCCUCAUCCUGUAUUGAUAUUUUUUUUUUUGAAAAGUCAAGUAAAGUAAAAACUUUGAAUUUAGGUAUUUUCACCUCUUAGGCAAUGAUAUGGAUAAUGUGGCAUCCACCCCACCCCAUCUGCCAUUUACCCCCAAAGAAUUAACCCCUGUUAUAUAAAUCCCCCCUCCCGUCAGUAAUUUAGAAAGUUUGGGUUAGAUUAAGAAUAAGCUUAUGUUAGGGAUAAGAAGCUGAUUUUGGAUUGGCAGCUGGAUAUUGAAAAGGAUGGGUUAAAGGUACCAUAUGUAUUCUAAAUCUGGGGGGGGGGGGGGGGUAUGUCAGAGACCCAGAUUUUGAAAUCUGGUAUUGUACCCACAAACUAAUCCUUUAGUCUGUAGGUCUGUACAUUGAUCAAACUUUAAGGUAUAGCUUUAUUUCAAUACAACUCCCUCUCAUGUAUUUAUCAAGCCUGUGUCAUAUUCCAAUAUUUAUUUCUUGUAUAACAUGCUUAGUUUUAAGAACAAAAUGCAUUUUAUUUUUAGCUAGACAGGGCCAUGAAGUAGUAGAGUAUAUAUGUGUGCAGUAGCUGGGUAUGAGAGUGCUACUUGUUACAUUGUUAGUAUUACAAGCACAAGUCUGUUAACUAUAACUUGAUGCUAGGUUUAGUGGAGUGGAUUGGAAAAGUGAGAGUCCAAUUGUUUAGUUUUGCUAUGUGCACUGUAUUUUCUAGAUUACUAAAUGUCACCUAGCCCUUGUUAUUAUGAAAAAAAAAAUAUUUUCUACAAAGUCGUUUUUUUUUUUGUUUUUUUUUCAAGAGCUUUUUAGAUUUUUUUUUGUACAUAGCUUGAUUAAUUAAUUAAGACAGGGUCUUGUUAAGAAAUAAAAUGACAAGUUUUCAAAUUU